AUGUCGGAAGAACUCAACGUUGCCGCGGUGCUUCACCCAAAGCCCGAGAAAUUCGAAGAGGUUGCCACCCUUGUUACUGAAGUGGUCAAAAACGUACAAGAACACGAGCCCGACACCCUUCUAUACUAUGCCUUUCAUGUGAAGGAGAAGAACGAGAUUGUUAUUAUUGAAAGAUACAAGAACCCUGCGGCAGUGAAGACCCAUGUCAAGGCCCCUUACUUUAAACAAUUUGCCGCUAAAAUUCCUGGAUUGUCCGCAAAGCCCUGGGAGCUGCGAACUGGGGUUCUCUUGGAAGGCGCACGAGGAGUUUCGCGACUAUAG